GGUCCCUGAGGCAGGAUGACAGCUGAACGGGUCGUGUAGGUACAGCAGCGCAGCCGCUAACGUGAACAACAACCACCACAAACUCUCGUUUUUUAAAGAGGAGGACCGGCUUAUUUUCACCGAGCGACACGUCUCCAUACCGAGCGGCGGACGCGUUUUGAGUUUACCAGAGGACGCUUACCGUUAACCUUGCGGAUAUUUGUUCUUUUUUUUUUCCACCAAGAGAGAAAAAAGAUCCGUGUCCGGAUGUGCCAGCAGUGUUUGGUUUUUCGCAUGGCGUAGACACCUUUUCUGAAGCAGGAUAUUCUUGGUGUUUGGAGGGUCGCAGGAGGCCCCUCGGGUCGACAGCUCAUCCCACACUAACAUUAACUAUACGUCCGAAUUCGCCGAUCCGUGCGGGGAAAUGAUCAACGACAUGGUUGUGCAAUAAGAGAGAGAGCAGGAAGAAGGGGUUGUAACGCGUCUCGGCUACCUCAGUGUUGUGACUGUGGAGAGGCAGCAAGUCACCGGGAAUAAUAAAUUGUUUGGUUCCUGCUGUCAGCCCGACAGACGACGAGACGUGUGAGAGCUAUUAGCAAGGGGAGACGACGAGAGGGAAUAUUUGUGUGCUUGUCUCGUGUGUGUGUGUGUGCGCGCGCGCGUGUUUGUGUCGGCGUGAACCCCUCCGAGGACCGGGAAAACCUUCACCAUGACGGGCAGCACCCCAGCGGACAUGAUAAACCUGCGGCUUAUUUUAGUCAGCGGGAAGACGAAAGAAUUCCUUUUCUCUCCCAACGACUCGGCAGCAGACAUCGCCAAACACGUGUAUGACAACUGGCCGAUGGACUGGGAGGAAGAGCAGGUCAGCAGUCCUAACAUCCUGAGGCUGAUCUACCAGGGCCGCUUUCUGCACGGCAACGUAACACUAGGAGCUCUCAAACUGCCCUUGGGGAAGACCACAGUGAUGCAUUUAGUUGCCAGAGAGACUUUGCCUGAGCCAAAUUCCCAAGGUCAGAGGAACAGAGAGAAGACCGGGGAGAGUAACUGCUGUGUCAUUCUGUAAAUACACACCUCCGCUGCCGGCCCUCCAUCCUUCUCAUCCGUUCUCGCCCUCGACAUCCUGGACCUAAUGAGCUUGUCCCCUCGUCCUGGAGCUUGUCCGCGAUGCGGAUAUGCAUUCAGACAAACACACACAUAACACACAAACACACUCUUUUUUUCUUUUUUUUUUUCACCGCGGUCAUAGAAAGACAGCAGGCUCAGGCUGAUCCAGGAAACAGAGCUGGGAGCAGGAAAUUGAUUAACGAUAGAGUUGAUUCCUUUGUUGUACUUGAUUUGUUGUCGUAACUGAAAAUUUGAGCAAGGAACUGGAUUUGCAUGUGUGUUUUUUUUUUGUUUGUUUUUUUUCUCUUAAUGCACACCUUUCUAAGCCUUCUUCCAUUUUCAUACACACACACGCAUACCCUUUACAACAGACGAACACACCUUGUCUAUCCAUCCUCAGCCGGUCGUCUAAAGUCAGUUUCGAACUGGCUCUUCAUUCUAGCUGGUUGUCAUUAGUAAUGCAGUGCCCAGGUUUGUGUGUGUGGCCUUGUUUUCUCAUAUAGACCGCUGAGAAUUUUAACCACUAACAACUCACCAACAUACCCCACACACACACGCGCACACAGACACACACACACAACAUGACACCCCGUCUACACAUCCAACCAUAUGUGCUUGUGUGAUCUCCCUCGGUGCAGCAGACGAAGCUUAGACGUGCCUGAUCAGAGAACUCAAACCAGGACACAAACACACAAACAAACACACACACAUACACACACCUGUGUCCUUUUUACUGCCCUCCUCUGCACGUGCCCUUAAAAGGUCACAGGAGAGAAUGAAUAAUUCCUUCAUAUUUUGACUGCAGAGCGCUGUACAGACCGACACACAUGCCACUCCUUCAGUUUUAUCAUAUUUCAGCCAAACAAAGCCUGACAGACAAACAAAUAGACAAACAGCCAGCGUUGGUGGUCUUGUUUCGGUUGUGUGUUUCGUUUUGUCCACGACAUUUGCGACUGUGUUUUGACAGUCCGUGCAUAUUGCCGACCGACCAGUGUUGUGAUUUAGCAAAAAAGAACGAACGUCACGUCAGGUUUUUUUUUUUUUUUUUCGUCCCUCCCUGACGCACCGUCCCUCUCUCCGAGGAAAAAGGCUCAUUUAUUAAACAGUGUUGUGAAGGAUCUCUCUUGACAAUUAACUGUCCAAGCAGGGAAAUCAACUCGGAAUGAAAUUUAAAAAAAAAAAGUUCCUUAUUUGUCUUAAUUUGCUUUUUACUCUCUCCUUUAUUCUCUCUCUCUGCAUUAAUAAGUCCAUUUUGCACAACUGAAGCAUGUGCUCCUUCAUCAGAUUAAUUAAAAAAAAAAAAUGUAUAAAAAGUUUUAUUGUUUUAUUUUAUAUUUUUCCAAUGGAAGUAAUGUUCCAAACUAAGGUAACGUGUAGAAUAUAUUUAAUAUGAAUCUUAUAUAGAACAUGAUGACUCUAGAUCUUGUUGAUAUACAGUAUAUUGGUGUUUAGUCUAUGAUUGUGUGUACGGUUAGCUUCUAGCCAGUUCACAGUCACUCGCUGACAAUGUCUUGUGCUUAACAGCAGCAAAAUCUCCCUAAUCAUGGACAGACUGUAUUUUUAAUUUCUUUCUUCUGUGCUCUAUUAUUAUUUUUUUUCAUUUGUUUAUAAUUUAAUGUAAUCCUUUUUUUUCUUUGUUUUUUUUUUUUGUUUUGCUUUAAAGAAUCGCUUUGUAACAGCACUAGGUCUUAAAAAAAAAAUUAUAUAUUGUUUAUAAUGAUCAGGGUUCAAAUCUGUACAGAGAUAAACGUUUUCAAACUGAUUGUAAAUAGCACUAAUGCUCCCUCUCCCCCCCUCCAAACUUCAAAAAAAAAAAUGGAAUACAUCUGUAAUCUAAAUAAAGGUUAUUGAAGUGCA